UAAACGUGGCUAGUGUCAUGUCAUAAUUAUGACAGUCUUACGACACCGCUGUCAAAUACAGUGUUACCGGUUAAUAUCUUUUGGUGUGAAUAUCACAUAAUGCAGUGAGGACAGCUGUGGUUUAUAUUCCGGAGCGGCUUAUUUAUGAACGAAUGCCUUUUUCGUGUCAAAUUUGGUGGGUGGCAGCUGAGUCUAAAAAUUACGGUAUUUAUGUUGUCUUUUAUUGUAAAAUGUGUUUAAUUACCUAAUUUUUUAAAGUAAAUCUAUUAAUUAUUGUACAUAUCCAAGUACAGUACAGGUAUUUCAAGAGUGCCCUUUAAAGGGUUAACAAUUUAAUGUAUUAUUUUGUCAACCAAGUAUAAAAUGCUUUUUCAGAUUGUUCAAUUCAAUAGGUGAUAUUGAAAAAAAAGUAGUGAGCAAUAAUAACAUGAAAGAAAAGCUCCUUCAGUUGCAUUGUUGAAAUAAAAUUGAGACCCAAGAUCUAUUUAAUCGAUGAGUCAUUGAAUAAUCAGAUUCCUCAUCUUUACAGUCUGUUCAUGCAGAGAGAAUUGCAUUCAAUGAUAUGACCCACUCACAACACUAAAUAAGGUAAUGUAAGAACUGCACUGAAAACUACAUCCACUUUAAUAAACGUUGUUAGAUUAGUACUUCACUUUACUGUUCAGAGAAAGGUUUCCUAUUUCACUGCUCCAAGCACAGCAGCUUUGAACAAAAUGCCUGCUAUAAAGCCAUUAAAGCCGCCAGCAAAUAGAAAAACCAGAAGAAGUUAGCAAAUAUUAGCAGAACAUUCUCAGUGAAACGCGUAAAGAAUCUCAGAGCAGAGUUUGGUUUGCUGGCUGAAUAUAAAUGUUAGCACUGUUGAGUUGGGGAAAUCACACCAACAACACCUUGGGAUAACUGUUGGAAAAGCAAUCGGAAGGGAACAGCAUGGUCUUUUCGUCGUUAGCACGUUGGCACAGUUCUGAGCCUUGAUUUUUGGCUUCCAUUUGGCAUGUUCUUCAUGUCAUCUACAGUACUUGUUUAAGUACUCCAUCUUCUUCCAACAUUAUUUUUUUUCCUUAAAUAGGUGUAAAUAUCUGUGUAAAUGGUUGUUAGUUCUGGUUACCCUCCGAUUGAGUGGCAACAUAUUCAGAGUGCACCCUGCUUCUCGCCAAAAAGUUUUUUUCUCUCAUGGUAUGCAGCCCAUCAUAUGACAUGGUAUGUCCUCAUAAUAAUGUGUCAAAUUUAAAAAUACUCUAGUGAAUCAAAUAUGUGUGGGUCAUUUUUUAUAGGGUGCCAUUUAGAUGUAACAGAGUGGACACUACCAGAGGGGACAGUGCUUAAGUUAGCCCUCAGCCUACCACUGUAGUUCUUCGGGCAUAGAAGUAUUGACACGGGUGGCAGGUUGUCAGCUAUCUUGGAUUUAGAGGUUACGUUAGUAUGAAAGAGUAUCUGAACCUUUUGGAAUUUCUUACAUUUCUGCAUAAAAUCACCAUCAAAUCAAAAUCACACAGAUGAAAAUACAGUGUCUGCUUCAACUAUAACCAUCCAAACAUUUAUAGGUUUUUAUAUUUUAAUGAGGAUAGUAUGCAAACAAUGACAGAAGGGGGAAAAAUAAGUAAGUGAACCAUCACAUUUAAUAUUUUGUGGCCCCUCCUUUGGCAGCAAUAACUUCAACCAGAGGCUUCCUGUAGCUGCAGAUCAGAAUGGCACACUGACCAGGACUAAUGUUGGCUUAUUCUUCUCGACAAAACUGCUGUAGUUCAGUCAGUUCCUGGGAUGACUGGCAUGAAUCGUUGUCUUUAGGUCAUGCCAAAGAAUCUUAAUGGGGUUCAAGUCUGGACUUUGACUUGGGCGCUCCAGAACGUGUAUUUUGUUCUUCUGAAACCAUUCUGAAGUUGAUUUACUUCUGUGUUUUGGAUCAUUGUCUUCAUCUUCCUUUUAGCUUCAACUGUCUGACAGACGGCCUCAGGUUUUCCUGUGAAACAUCCUGAUAAUUUUUUUAGCUCAUUUUUCAAUUAAUGAUUGCAAGAUUUCCAGGCCCUGAGUCAGCAAACCAGUCCCAAAUCAUGAUGCUCCUGUCAUGGCCUCAGCCCCUGCUGCAGCAUUGCCUAAUUGCCUUCAAAUAUCCCCACCUGUCCUCAAUUCACCUAUUCACAGCCCAGCCAAUAGCACUGCUUUCAUUCAGCAAUCAACCUGUGUAUUUAAAGUCUUGAUUUUCACUUCCACUCUGUCAGACCGUCUGCGAAGCCUGCCUGUUACCUGCCUGCCUAGCUCUAUGAAUCUGACUCUCGUUGCCGAAUCUGAACCUGCCCGACUGCUGCCUUCUCUCCUACCCUGGUCCAUGACAGCUCCUUCUACAAUGCUUCACGGUGGGGACGAGGUGUUGAUGUUGAUCCUGGCUAUCAUCUCCAUUCUCUUCAUCGUGCUGUCCACCAUCGCAUUGUCUCUCAACACUCUACCAGAGCUACAGGACACAGAUGAGUUUGGCCAAUCCACCGACAACCCACAGCUGGCCCAUGUGGAAGCAGUUUGCAUUGCUUGGUUCACCAUGGAGUACCUGCUCCGAUUCCUGUCUUCUCCCAACAAGUGGAAGUUCUUCAAGGGUCCUCUGAAUGUCAUCGACCUGCUGGCCAUCCUACCAUACUACGUCACCAUCUUCCUAACGGAAUCGAAUAAGAGUGUGUUGCAAUUCCAGAACGUGCGACGAGUGGUUCAAAUUUUCCGCAUCAUGCGAAUCCUGCGCAUUCUCAAACUUGCUCGUCACUCCACAGGACUUCAGUCUCUCGGCUUCACCCUUAGAAGAAGUUAUAACGAGCUGGGUCUACUCAUUCUUUUUCUUGCAAUGGGUAUCAUGAUAUUUUCAAGUCUGGUGUUCUUUGCCGAGAAGGAUGAGGAGGACACAAAGUUCAAAAGCAUUCCAGCUUCUUUCUGGUGGGCAACUAUCACGAUGACCACUGUAGGCUAUGGAGACAUUUACCCUAAAACUCUGCUCGGAAAGAUAGUUGGGGGUUUAUGCUGCAUAGCAGGAGUGCUGGUGAUAGCUCUCCCUAUUCCCAUUAUUGUAAACAACUUCUCAGAAUUCUACAAGGAGCAAAAACGACAGGAAAAAGCACUUAAACGUAGGGAGGCCCUGGAGAGGGCAAAGAGAAAUGGUAGCAUUGUUUCCAUGAACUUGAAGGAAGCUUUUGCCCGUAGUGCAGAACUGAUGGAUGUAGUGGUGGAAAAGAAUGAGAGGCCUCAUGAUAACCACCUAUCACCGAGCCGUUGGAAAUGGACUCCAAAGAGAGCCGUUUCAGAAACGAGCUCCAACCGUUCUUUCAAUCACCACGACUUAGGAUCUCCAACCAAAGGCCGAAACAGCAGCCCCCAAAAGCUGAAUGUUCAGAAGCUGGAGGAGAUCUACACCCAAAUGGCCAAGACCCAGUCACAACCUAACCUCAACCCUAAAGGUUCCAGGGUUGGAAAGCAAAUUGACGAGAUAGAGUUGGGAGCUAUACAGGAUCACAGUCCACCAAUGCUGGCAACCAGAGACGGUGUAGGUGACAUAAAAAGUUUGUCUAGCAUUGACAGCUAUAUUAGUUGUGCUACUGACUUCCAGGAGAAUCCACGCUUCCCUCAUAGCACAGCAAUGGACCUUUGCCACAACGAAAGCAACCAGUUUUCACAUAGUCCCUCUAUAGCCCUUCCCCAGCACUCUCAGGCAAAAACAGGCCGGCAUAACACCGGUGCACCUGUGUUGACCCCCAUCACCAUUCCCAAACCCUCAUGCUCGGAAAAUGCAAAGAGGUUCUUAUUCUCUGGCCAUGCCUCAAAAAGCCUUUUCUCCAAAGGUGUCUGUCGCAAUGAGAAAGAGCCAGGACCAUCCCCACUCUCAGACAGCUCCGUCCUCUCUGACCACUCUCUGCUGAGCCCUGAAGUUUCCAUCUACACUACAGCCAGCAGUAGGACGCCGCCGAAAUCCCCAGAAAGCGCCACCCUGGCCCCAACAGUCUUCACCUUUCACGACUCUUCCAUCAGCAAAUACAUCGACGCCGACACUGAUGAUGAUGAGCACCUACGUGACAUUUCCGAUGCCAGUCCCACAGAUUGCUUACUGCGUGGCUCCAGCCCCAAACGCAGCAUCACCAUCAACUACCAGAGAGCCACUAACCAUUUGGAAACAGCCCAGAAAAUGCUGGGACAAAACUGUCUAUUCCCACGAGAAGGAAUUUGCGGGCUCCCUCAUGAGAAUCACGUGGGUCCUGAGAUGGGACGCAGACAAAAGGGAGAAAGAGGGCGUCAAAAUACUUUGGACAAAAGCCACUGAGGUCUGAGUGUGUAUGUAUGAAUGAUAAACCAGAGUUGGAGUGCUUGUGACAGAGACAUCACACACUCAAACAGGAUAGAAAUCACGUUUUACAAAUCACCUGAGCAUGCCAUUGGGCCAUGUGCUCAGGGAAAACGCGAGAGCCGAAUACUCUGGGAGAAACAUUUGGAAAAUUUCACUGCCCCCUCCCUUUCGACUCAUUCCAAUCAAGAGGUACUGUAGUUGACCACAACCUCGAAGCAAAGAAGCACCCAAGUGUAGCCAGCAGGUCGGUUCAGCGAUACCAUGAGUCAUUUUGACAGAAUUGUUGAGGCUGAUGGUUUUCUCUACAUUCUUUGUUAACAACAGCCGCAUUAUAACUAGUUUCGUAAUUUUAGAGCUAUAAGAGAGAACCUAAAAGCCUAUAAGCUACUUCAUCAUACCCUCCAUUCCCUAACCUGGCCUUAGUAAUUUGCAGUUGUUGGGAGUAUGCAUGUCUGCAUUUGAGUGUGUGCAUGUGAAGAUGACCACUGAUGGAUGAUCUGAUGGUAAUUCAUGUAUACACAUGUCAAAGACAGUCUAUUCUGAUUUAUUUUUAUAAAGAAAAAUACCUUAUAGAUAUUGGCUAUUUGAUAGUCUGUUUUAUCAUAGUUCGUGACAAGUAAUCUCACAUUAAGGAUCAGUGUCAUGGAACAGAGGCUUCUGAUAUUGAAGGUUCCAGCCCAACAUCCACAGUAGUUUGUCCCUUUACAUCACAAGGAGGAUGGGUGAUACCUUUACAUCUUCCCAAUGAUGAAUAUCAUAUGCGCAUCUCUGUUAUUUAAUCAUAGAUGAAAUUAGUGUUCCAAGAGUUUUUUUCAUGGGCAGCUAACAGAGUCAAACGUGAGCUCACAGGCUACUUUAUAAGGCACACCCACACAAUUCCAUGAGACCUAAUAAAUGUUAUAUGUACAGUUGUAUGAAAAAUUACCUGAACCUUUUGAAAUUUCUCACAUUUCUGCAUAAAAUCAACAUCAAAUGUGAUCUUAUCUCUGUCGAAAUUACACAGAUGAAAAAAACUGUGUCUGCUUUAACUAAAACCACACAUUUAUAGGUUUUCAUACUUUAAUGAGGAUAGUAUGCAUACAAUGACAGAAGGGGGGAAAUAAGUAAGUGAGCCAUCACAUUUAAUAUUUUGUGCCCCCCCCCCCCCCCUUAGCAGCAAUAACUUCAACCAGAUGCUUCCUGUAGCUGCAGAUCAGUCUGGCACAUCGAUCAGGACUAAUCGUGGCCCAUUCUUCUCUACGAAACUGCUGUAGUUCAGUCAGAUUCAUUGGAUGUCUGGCAUUAAUCACUGUCUUUUGGUCAUGCCACAGCAUUUCAAUGGGGUUGAAGUCUGGACUUUGACUUGGCCACUCCAGAACGUGUAUUUUGUUCUCUGAAACCAUUCUGAAGUUGAUUUACUUCUGUGUUUUGGAUCAUUGUCUUGUUGCAGCAUCCAUCCUCUUUUUAGCUUCAACUGUCUGACAGAUGGCCUCAGGUUUUCCUGCAAAACACCCUGAUAAAGUUUUGAAUUCAUUCUGCCAUUAAUGUUUGCAAGUUGUCCAGGCCCUGAGUCGGCUAAACAGCCCCAAAUCAUGAUGCUCCCUCCACCAUCCUUCACGGUGGGGAUGAGAUGUUGAUGUUGGUGAGCUGUUCCAUUUUUUUCCUCCACACAUGACGUUGUGUGUUACUCCCAAACAAUUCAACUUUGGUAUUAUCAAUCCACAAAAUAUGCCAAAACUUCUGUGGAGUGUCCAAGUGCCUUUUUGUGAACAUAUAACGAGCAACAAUGUUUUUUUUAGACAGCAGUGGCUUCCUCCAUGAAGUCCUUCCAUGAAUACCAUUCUUGGCGAUAGUUUUACAUAGAAUGAUGUGUGCACAGAGGUAUUGGACUGUGCCAGUGAUUUCUGUAAGUCUUUAGCAGACACUCUAGGAUUAGUUUUUACCUCUCUGAGUAUUCUGCGCUGAACUCUUGGCGUCAUCUUUGGUGGACGACCACUCCUCGGGAGAGAAGCAACAGUGCCAAACUCUCUCCAUUUGUAGACAACUUCUCUGACUGGCGAUUGAUGAACACUGUUAUAGAUGGUUUUGUAUCCUUUCCCAGCUUUAUACAAAUCAACAAUCUUUGAUCGCAGGUCUUCAGACAGUUCUUUUGACGGAGCCAUGAUGCACAUCAGACAAUGCUUCUCAUCAAGAAAUUUCUUACCAGGUGUGUGUUUUAUAGUGGGCAGGGCCGCUUUACAUCACUCAUCAGUGAUUGGGCACACACCUGACUUAAAAUGGUAAAAAUUGGUUUCAAUUGCUCUUUAAGUCUCCUUAAGCAGAGGGUUCACUUAUUUAUUUUUCCCCCGCCUGUCAUUGUUUGCAUGCUAUCCUAAUUAAAAUAUGAAAACCUAUAAACAUUUGGGUGGUUUUAGUUAAAGCAGACACCGUAUUUUCAUCUGUGUGAUUUUGACAAAGAUCAGAUCACAUUUGAUGGUGAUUUUAUGCAAAAAUGUGAGAAAUUCCAUACCACCGUACAUUGUGUCAGGAUUAAUGUAACAAAAAAAAAAAAAAAGGAUUAACACAACAACUGAUGAGCGGAGAGGUAUUCAUUUAAUAUUGCGGUUGUAUUUUUUAGAAACUGUUACAGAGCCCAACUUUUUUGUUGCAUUUUAGAUGCGCUGUGUUUAAUUGGUUGGUGUGUCUUUAAGUGGUAUUCAGUGCGAAUUUCAGCAUAAGUAUCUUGUUAAAUGAAUACCGCAAUUCAAACUGAGCAAUAUGAAAGAAGAAAUUGGGUCAUACCACUCGUACACUAUUAUAAAAAAAAAAAAGUGGUGGUGUAUCUAAUGAUGUAGCCAGUGAGCGGAUGUACUGUAUGCCUCACGUAUACAUUCAAACAACAGUAUAUGGAUACAGAAAACCGGGGGUUUAUAUCAGAACUAUUUGAGGCAUUUUCCCAAUAAUGAAUUUAAGAUAUUAGCAGUAAAUGUUCAACAUGCAUUGGCCUUAUUUCUACCAACAGAAAAGCAACCAAAGAGACUGGUCUGAUUGAAUAAAGGUUGAGAUAGGAUCUACAGUGGAAGUGUUGGUGCUUUGAUAAGUCAUACUGCACAUACGGAAACUGCGCGAGUCAAAUUUGACAAGUGCAAAGGCACCCACAGAAGACACAACUUCAAUAUAGAAAGUCUCUCACUGCUUGGUUGCCACGGUGACGGAUACCGUUGCUUAGCCUUUUAAUUGGGGUGGGAAGGUCUGACUGCAUGUAAUACACAUAUACAAGAGUGCACCAGAAUGGCGUUUAUGCAUGUAGUCACACAUUGGCAUAGUCACUAUUCACCAGUCACCACCCGUAGCCAUGACUCACAGAUGCGGCGUUGUGAAUAUCUCACGACCUGACACGUUUAUGACCAAUCUAUGUAGCAGGACAUAUUAUUAUAUGUAUGUAUAGUAUAUUUUUGGUUGCUGUUACAGCAGAAUACGGCAACAUUUGCAGAAAUAUACAUAUUGUAAUGUUAAAAGAAUAAACAUGCACUUUAAUGUAUCAGUCAUAUAGAGAAAACAAUCUUUUUUUUUUCAUCUCAAUUGAGAUAAAAUGUAUUUGCCUUUUAAAGCCCUUUAAGAAUGAAGGUAUGUGGAAUUUCCCAGAACCUUGAAAUAAUUGAUUAAUUAUGUUAAUUUGGAUCUAACAGAUUGUUGUUGUUUUUUUAGACCUGCAGGGAAAAUAGGUCUAGUCAAUCAUAUACAGUAUAAUACAAGUCACCUUGACGUUGUUGAGUGGCUGUCAUUAUUUCCUGUUUUGAAGUUGCAAAUUCUGCUUUCAUAUUGUGUUUUGUAGUCAGAGAAGCUAGCGUGUGAAAGGAAUAGCAAUGAGGGUGUAAGUGUGUAUUAAAGCGAAGGCGGGUGUGACACUUAAUAGAAACGAAUUUCCCAAAUGAUUGUAUGCAUAUCACAGGGGAAGCCUUCAUUGCAUGUGUGAAAUACGAAAGGCCCUAGCAACACAGCCCCCCUUCUGAGACACACACACAAAUAGGUAUUUAUUUUUUACAAUAUACUGUAUAAUAAAGAUAAUUCUGCUUCCUGAUUUUCCUAAUAAAUGGAGUGGAUGAGCAUCCACCAACUAGCCGUGAUAAUGAGGAAAAAUUGCUUUAAAUUAAUUCAUCUGCCUGUUCCACACUGGAAUAAAUUUAAUAUUACAUACAGUUAAGCCCAAAAUUAGUCACACACAUUUUGGCCUUGGAGGCUGUUUGGCAUUUUCAUGGUUGUUUUCAUUUUGUUCAUUGAUCAUAUUUCAGUGUUUUUUUUCCAUAAUAACCUCUAGAUCACGUGUCACCAGUAUGGUGCCUGAGAGCAGGUAACCCCCAUGGACCACACAAGUAGCCAGCAGGCCUUUUCUAAAAAUAACUUACAAGUGACUGGACUGAGAUUUCCUUGAAAUGUUGUGGAUGUAAUGAUUGAAAAUGUGAACACUAGAAGACAUUUUGUAGAUUUACAUGUAUGGUAUAUUGAAAUUUAUCUGUUUCCAAGUGUUCAUAAUUGUGAUGAAUCACUAUCAGUGGUUUCAAAUAGAUUUAAUUGCCAUAAUUUUCGGACUAUAAGUCGCUACUUUUAUCCCUCAUUUUGAAUCCUGUGGUUUAUAGUCCGGUACGGGUUAUUUCUUAAUUUAUUAAUAGGUAACCCUUUAUUUGACAGCAACAUCAUUAGACUGUCAUAAGACUGUCAUAAUUAUGACAUGGCACUGUCAUGGGCAUUAAUGAAAGCUUAAGACAGAUGUCAUUAAAUGCCAUCCAGCAAAUUUUGUCACUAACUCCAUUUAAGUCCAGCUCGGCUCUUUUACAUCCAUUUAAAAGUGAGAUAAUUUCCCUAAAUGACAUCUGUAAUAAGCAUUUACUAAUGCUCAUGACAGUGUCAUGUCAUAAUUAUGACGGUCUUAUGACAGUCUUAUGACGUUGCUGUCAAAUAAAGUGUUGAUAUCCUUUGGUGUAAAUAUCGCAUAAUACACUGAGGACAGCUGCGUCUUAUAGUCCGGUGCAGUUUAUCUAUGAACAAAUGCAGUUUUUGUGUCAAAUUUGGUGGGUGGCAGCUUAUAGUCAGGUGCGCCUUAUAGAAAAUUAUGGUAUAGACUUACGUAAUUCUUCCUAGAACAUUUUCAGGAGUGUGAAUCAAACUAGAAGUUAUUCCAUUUAAUCAGUAGCAACCUGAUCUAACACAUCAUACAAAAUACUUUGAACACUGAAAGCAAAUGCAACUAGGGAUGUCCUGAUCUCAUCACAUGAUCAGAAAUCAGGCUGAUUGCGCCAUUUUUCAGAGGAUCUGAUUUUUAAUUCAAAAAAAUAUAAUUGUUUAUCUGCUUCAUGCUCAUACACUGCCACACCCUCCCUCCUGCUAAGCAGUGCGGCCAAACUAUCCAGCGUAGCUUGCGUUUGGGACUUAAAGUUAAUGAUGAUUCACAGGUUUGUAGCUUUGAUCUUGACAGAGAAGCUUGGUAGCUCUACUGUCAAAGGCACAAAUGUUUCAAUCAUUGUUAAACUUGCAGCUCAGUCAUAAGUGUGCUGUGGCAACUCAUUGUGUAAGUGAGAGAGCAGCGUGAGCGUCAAAGCGUGAAAGCAUUUGAGACAUCCCUAAAUGCAACCGUUUGUAUUAGUAUUUUCAGGAUACAAUUAUUCUUGAAAAAGGCAUAAUACUAAAUACUAUAUGAUCUCAUUUGAAAGCACGAGCAAUUAAUCUGAUUUAAAAAUGGCAGACUCUUUCUAGUCUUAUUAAAUUGUCCAAUAAAAUUUAAUGAGGUGGUAAUUGUACAAAAUCAAGAAAAAUCACUAGAGAAACAUUUCCAACAUAUUCCUGGUAGUAUUGCCUCGUCAGCAUUCAGCUCAGCUGCUAGAUGCACCUUUAAUUGGAUUUUGCUCAAGGAGCACGAUUAAUCAAAUUGAAGGCCAAUGUAUGCCGAACAUUUCAUCGCCAACGUCAAACUUGGACACAUAAAUUUCAUUGACGAAUAUAUGUCAAUCAUAAUAAAGUAAUUUCUUGUCGACUGUCAGUUAUAAGCGACAUCAUCGUUAAUAUAAAUCAAUCACAUGGUGGCCGAGGGGCAUUUUAUUUUGUGACUAUAGGUUAUUUAGGGUUUACAAGCAGUCACCAUGCAUCAUCUCUCCAGUCAUGUAGGCUUUCAAUAAAAAAGGCUGUCAGGGAGCAUUUUGGCUGAUUUAUUUCAACUACGAUGACAAUCAAUUUUUCAUGGCUAAACAGGAAACACCAUAGUCGGUGGUUUUUUUAACAUUAUUACGCUUGGACAUAUACAAAAACACACAUACAUACACUUAAUAUUGAUGGUCAUUGCUUUCUGACUUGAUUUUAGUAGGGUAUCCAACAAAAUGUAUCUAUUUUAAAAUGGCAUGAGUGCAACAACCGACGUAUACAGCAUGAGGUUUAUUUUUGAUUAACUCAUUCACUGCCAUUCACAGCGCUAGACUUCAAAUCCAUUUUAAUUGGGACCAUUGAGAUUGACCUCCGUAAAGUUGGCCUCCCAUCAGGCGUAUUUAUAUCAAUAGAUACUGUAGAAAAAUUACUUCAUUCGUUUGUCCAAGGUUUGUGCUCGUUGGUGCUGAAAAUUUUAUUUGUUUGUGCUGCUAUCGUUUUUGAGAUAUUAACAAUUCUUUUAAAGGUCAAUCUAAAUUCAACCAGUGCCCCAUUUAAAAAAAAAAAAAAAAAUAGCUGAAAGUGGUGUCAAUCGUUUGUGGUGGUUUGUGCUGUAAAAAAUGUCAUUUGUGCUUUAUGUGCGUUACUGUGCAUUAUGGAGACAUUGAGAUAUUAAUUUUGAGUGAUGACAACACGCAGCCCCCCUAUUUAUUGCAUAAUGGACCCGAAAUGGUGCCGUGCUAUGCUACGUUUGUACUCGUUUGUGCUGUAAAAAUUUUCGUUUGUGCUGCAAUCAUUUUAUAGAUAUUGAGAAAUUAAUUUCAAGUGAUGACGUGAACCGCAGCACCUCCAUCGCUGCUGACGAAGCGUACCAACUCUCUCAAUAACAGAAGGGUGUCCCAAAAACUAGUGAUAACAUUUUCGCAAAUGAUCAAAUCAAAUACAGUGGUACCUCUGCAUAUGAUCGCUUCGACACACGAUUUUUCGGCAUCCGACGUAAAAUUUGACUCGCCAUUUGUUUCUACAUCCGACAACAUGCUCGAAAUACGACGACAUGACAACGCCGCAGACGGACGCACAGUGGAUUUUCUUGUGAGAAAAAUCGUCACAGGUUCCAAGGAGGUUAGUGCAGGUGGUGACACAAGGAAAAAUGAUAUAAAAAUAUGAACGUGGGGUUGCACCUGAACUGGCUCGACAAUAUGGCCGUAGAAUGUCGACGAUCUCCUCGGUCCUCCUCCGACCUCUGUUCGCCAGUCUGUAUAAGUUAAGGUGACAAUUAUUAUUGUUGUAACAUCGCCAAAGAAAUCGCCAGCUUCGUCAGGUUUUUAUCAAUUAUUUCAGAACUUGUGCAAAACAAAACACACCUGCUGUUUUCCGCAGUUGACAGUGUUCUCAACAAAACAUUAAAAGAGAAGGGAAAAUGUCUACCGCACCACUCCUCUUGUCUGUCACGUCAGCGACGCGGUGCUUUCAGGUACAAUAUUAUUAUUUAUAACAUUAUUAUUUUAUCAAUCCGGUUUUUAUUAAUAAUUUAUUUGUUUUGCAAUGUGUAAUUGCCUUUUGUAAUAGUACCAGCAUUAUUGAUGAAGGAUUUUGUAUAGGUUUUUGGGCUGUGGAAUGAAUUAAUGGAAUUUUAAUAUAUUCUUAUGGGAAAAUCCUGCUCGACAUACAACCAUUUCGACUUACAAACACGGUUUUGGAAUGAAUUAACUUCGUACGUAGAGGUACCACUUUUUAAUGAAUCUGACAGAACACAAAAAUAUAAUACAAUUAGUGAAAAUGGAAUACACAGAGAAGAACAAGAAAACAGAUGAUGAUCAUCUUGAACAUGCUUUUUACUCUGGCUUCACUCAAACCUCUCAUCUUCCACUGUCUUCCAUUAGCGACAGUACCUCGACAAAUGACAUGAGUGAGAUUUUGUAUUGUCAUUGUUCCGUCAGCUCAUUGGUCAAAAAGCAGGAUAGGCAGGGGAAUGUGUUUCCCUGCAUGUUCUUGUAAAGCACCAUACCAGUAUUUGUUCGUUCUACGAAUAAUGAUACUACUUUUGAGUUAGAUGAUAAUAAGUAGCAAAGCGCAUCCUUUGAAAGCUCUAUAAGGGACGCGUACUUUUGUUUCGGACAAUUCCGUUUUUCAAGGGACAGUUGGUAACCCUACUAAAUGCUACUAAAUACUAAAGCUUAAUGGUACCUCCAUAAGCAUUUGUGUGGAAAUGUAGUUCACGAACAACUAGCGCAAAUGUAGCACAAACGAAUGGCACCCGUUUGGGCCCAUUUUGCAGUAAAUGAGGGGCUUGUGAUAUGAAUUUCGAGUGAUGACGUGACUUGCAGCCCCCCAUUUACUGCAAAAAGACAGCAGCACAAACAAUAACAUGUUCAGCACAAACGAGCACAAACCUAGCACAAACGAAUGACAUAUUUUUUCUAUCAAUUUCUAUAUGCGUCUAAUGGGGGUCAACUUCACGGAGGUUUGAGAUUGAAUUCUCAUGUACCGGUGUCAUAGACGGCGCUAGUCAUCCAAUUCAUUUGGACUUGUAAUCAUUGUCAGUCUCUCAGUCCAAAUGUCUAGCACUGUCACUGGUAGACAGUGUUAAUUUAUGACCUAAAAUUAAAGCGGAUCCGACAGUAGGAAGGUUAUCGAUGUGGCAAUUUGUUAGUUACAGCUUAGUCAAUGUAAAAGUUGUCCUUUUUUUUAUUAUUACUAGUUUUCUGCUCAUUUCAGUGUGUUUUGUUACACUCUUUCUUGUCCUGAUUCGUGACACCAGUAUUAAUGAGUGGUUAAAAAAAAAGAAAAAGAAAGAUACCUAGACUGUAAUACUGUGAAUUUUUGUUUUAAGUUUUUCUUUUUCAAGACACUUCAAGACUGUAUUUGAAGAUACAAUAACAUACCUCGGGUGUCUUUGGUUUACGAGAUUGUCCAGUGGUUACAUAAGUAAAUAUUUUAUAUAAAAACACAUUUUGGCAAAAAAAUACAAAACUGGGAUGCACGAUAUUUUUAUUCCUCAAACUGAUAAAUGCCUGCUUCUCAAGACCGAUAACUAGGGUGAGGGUGGUGGGAGGUUUAUAGGCUAAAGGAGUUCCGACAUUUCUUUCUCAGUCGCAGAUAGACUGGUUUACCUCUGUGUCAAUCGAAAAUGUAUCCAAUAGCAAGAGAGGGUGGAUGGACUACCUGACCCGCCCCCCAAACGAGGCACGAUCGACUGACACAAUCUUGUCAUUGAUGUACCGUAUUGGCCUGAAUAUAAGACGGUGUUUUUUGCAUUAAAAUAAAGACUGAAAAAGAGGGGGUCGUCUUAUAUUCGCGGUCUAGACGUUAUACCCAUUCAGGACGCUAGAUGGCGCCAGAUAUCAUUGAAGCGAUGUUCUGUCAUGACAGAGCUCAGCUGCUCUCAAGUUUAACCAGUUUGCAUUCUUUUAUUGCAAUGUUUUUCCUUAUUCAGAUUUGUUUCAAGACUACAGUUACAGUUAGACUUCACUUUGAUGGUGAAUGCAGCUAUUGCAAUUUUGUUGUUUUAUCACAAUAGAUUGGUUUAUUUACAUUUCAAAAACCAGAUGCCAUUCAUUUACGAAUGUGAUUGCACGUUAGUUUAAAUAUUUAAAUGUUCAGAUAUUAAGAUUUGAAUGAGGCAAAAUAACAUAUUUUUCUCUCAAAUAUAUUGUUAUAAACAUUUGUUUUGGAUGUACUGUAAUUAUUUUCUGUAUAAAAAUUAAUUUGGUGUUCAAAAAGUCUUUUUUCAAACUUGAGUCUUGAAAAAGAGGGGGUCGUCUUAUAAUCAGGGCCGUCUUAUAUUCGGGCCAAUACGGUAUUAAGGCCCCUCUCUUCUAGACGUUCAUAUUUAGUGGUACCUCUACGUAUGAACGUCUCUACAUACAGAAUUUUCAGGUUAAGACACUCCUCAAAGGCCUCGCCUCUAAUAACGAAAGAAAUUUCAGGAUACAAAAGGCAAAAACACAGUAUAGCUGGUACUCACAGCUCCCAGAGUUUACUGGACUUAAAAUACUUAUAGCUGCUCUGACAUUGGCUAUUGCCUAGCAUUCCUGGCAUCCAAUUGGCUAAGAGGGACCUCUAUUGUAUGUGUAUGUACAGUAUGUAUCCCAGCGUCCUCUUCAUUUGCCUCUCGUGUUCCGACAGCUUUACAUGAGUGUAUUUAUUUUUAUUCUUUAUUCUUGGUUUUUUUCACCAAAUGCACAACUCAGAUUUUAUGUUUGUUUUGCAAUAAUCUAAAUAGAACAUGUAUUUGUUGCAUGUUUUCAAGCAUUUUUUGCAUCAUGAAAGAUUCAUGUAUGAAUUUUGGGGGUUUGGAGCGGAUUAGGGCAGUUACAUAGAAAAUGCGUCUCUACUUACAAAGUUUUCAAGUUACGAAACUACUUCCAGAACCAAUUAAUUUCGUAAGUAGAGGUACCACUGUAGUUUCAUGAACCUCCCAAUUCCAUACUUACGCUCACGUGUACGUAUUUUGGCAACGAACUUUAAUAUGUUAUCCCUGGGUUCACUUGAAGCCAUGAAAAUAGUAGUGUAUUGUUAUAACAAUACAUCUGCACUGUAUACUGUAUAUCGUAAUUCCAUAUCUUAGGACGGCAGCAUUAAGGCCGGCUGGGUGUAAAAACCCAAGGAAAGUAUUUUCAAGCUGUUUGAAAGAUUUUUUUUUUUUUUUAAUUACGUCAUGAAAGAGCACAUUCAAAAUAAUGGAGUGCAUGAUUUAUCUGCCUGUGGAUGCCAAAAGCUGAGUAUGGUUCCCAUCUUCGUUCUUGUUUUUUAUUCUCUAAACUUAUUUUUUAUUCAUUCCAGUGUUGUUUUUGGAAGUCCCAUUCAAUUUUUGUCUUUUGGACGCAAAAAAACUUAUUAAUCUUAGUCAUAUUUUAGUCAUUUCAAAAUGUUUUCAUCUUUGUCUAGUUUUAGUAGACGAAAUCUUGUACAAAUUUUGUUCAAUUUUAAUCGACAGUUACUCAAAAUGUUUUAAUCUGUAAAAUUCAAAGUUUUAGUCCAAAAAUUGAACCUUCAAACUACGUUGCAAUAAUAUGCUUCAAUUCAGGGCCAUUUGUGGUCCUCCCAUCGCAGAUGACAUGGAGAUGAACUCUAACCCUUUUACAGAGUUCGUCUCCUGCGUUGUCUCCGAUCAGCCAGCUGCGGGGAUGGCCCCUCCCAACUCAAUGCCAACCGAACAUGAUUAUAUAAAAAUGCGUAGAACAAAAUUAAACCCCGAAAAGUGACCUGCGUUGUACCCCCAGUCAAAGAGGCACGCGAUCAGUUCUUUUCCAUGACAUUUCUUCCUGUCAAAACUGUCGCCACUUCCAGGAUCGCUAAUGUUAUACACAAGCACACCUGGUUGCGGCUUCCAGGCAAUAUACGCAGCGCCACACCAUAUGCUUCUAUUUGUUAUUUUCCAAGUGGUCAGAGCGCAACUGAGCAUUGAUUAUUACAUCCCAAGUAAUGAUGUCAGGCUUAUUUCAAUCACAACUUGGCGACUGCUCGUAAAAAACGAGCGAGCUCUCCCUUCACUCUCGCUCCUGCGUGAUGCGUUCAAUUGAGUUCAUGAAAAAAACAGUGAUCACAAAAGAAUGACAGUCUAGAAGGUUUAGUAAUUUUGAAAUUUGCCGCCGACGAGUAAUGAGUUUCCGGUUCAGAGGUAAACCGCGCGGGCGAUGACGUAACAUAUGGGACUGCUCCUUUCUACGCAUGCGUAAUUUGCGCAAAUGCAGGCAUACCUCGCAGAAGCGGGGGAGCCUUAAACGCACCUUAAACGUAAGUGUGGACAGGUAUAAAAACAGUCGGCAGACUACCCUGAAGAAAAUUAUCUGUCCUAGUGUAGACGUAGCCUGACAUCAUCUAGAGCAGGGGUCAAACAAUCAAGAUCGUAAUCAGGGUCCUGCAGAGAUUGCUUAUGACCUGAUCGUUUUAUUCGGGUGUGUUAAAGGAGGGAGACAUGGAAAACAAGCUGGAUAGCGGCUCUUGAGGACCGGACUUGCAGACCCCAACUCCAGACUUACUGACCAGAAAAGCCAAGUGGCUCUGUUUUAGACUGGCCAGUGUUUUCAGAGGAUGCUGGCCAUUAUGAAGCUAAUGUUAACGCGAAUGCUACUCAAACACUUGGAUUUACGUUUAGCGUAUGAUGAUCACUCAGCUCAGAUCUUUAAUAGGCUAAAGCAACAUUGCAUAUUCUCUCUUGCCAAGAUAAGCAAACAAAUCUUACCGAGUUUCCAAAGAAGCAAGAUGGAGCUCAGCCUAGCUUGAGGUGCAUCUUAAACUCGGGUGGGCAGCACAUCCCACGUGAGAGACACGGCCCAAACGGUGCUACGAUGCAAGCUGAUGUACGCCACGUACAAUAUGAAAAUGUCACGCGUUGUGAACAUAUGACAAAAAACGAUGUCAGAUUUUCAUCUCAUUGUCGUUUCGUCAGACGAAAACUUGCAUUCAGCUUGUGAUGUUCUAGUCUCCCAAGCCACAUUUUUAGCUUGUCAUGUCAUCGUCCUGAAAAAAAUGUUCGUCAAGGAACUAUUUUCGUUUUUGUCAUUGUUGACGAAAACCACACUGAUUCAUUCUUUUAUUUAUUAAUUUAUCAGUAUGAUAAAUUCUUCAUAAUUCUGAUGAAAAAAACAUCAGUCAGAUAAUUAUUGUGCAUCCCUAUAAUUAACAGAUGAAAAAUAGGCAGUACACUGCAAAGCAAGCACCCAAUUUGUCGCUUCGAAACAAAGUAUCUUGGAACCCCCUGCAUAAUUAUUAGGCUGAAAUUCAAAUCAGAAAACAUGACCAAGUGACUUUUUAUGGACAUUUUAUAGCAAAAAUGAAUAGCACAGAUCCACCAAAUUUUCCAACAGGUCGCCCCCUACGGUAUAGUUCACGUAUGUGUUUUAGAUUCUAACAUUCUGAAUGGUUUGGUUGUGGUGUUAGCUGCUAGAAAUAAAAUAAUACAGGAGUGUACUGUAUUGUCAUGAAGAACUUGAUCCAGAGAGUACAAACAUUCUAAAGCCCCUCUAUCGCUCUAUCACAGGGUUGGGGUCCAUUCAGGGCAUACUUAUAUAGGAGAACAGACAAAACACAAUGAAAAAAAAGCACCAUAGGAGAAUAAGGCCAAUAAAAAUGAGAACAAAUUACAAGAAACCCUAUAUUUUUCUACAAUUUAAGCUCUCAGUGGAAUUGACCCCAACCUUGCCUAAGCCAUCAGUCUUUGUAAAGUAUUGUAUACCAGGGAAAUAGACAAAAGAAAAAGGAAAGCUCUUAUACAAUGUUGUUUUUAGGUCCCCCAGCUUGUCUGUUUUGUACAAAACACACAAACAUUUCUACCUGUUGACUUUCUAUGCUGUUGUUUCUGUAUAUAAAUGUUCUAUCGUUCGGUGCAUGUUGUAAUCCCUUGGCGUUGCGGCUGCUUGUGACUCACACGGAGCCAUCCAUGUUAUUGUCUUGUAUGAAAAAAAAACUGUCUCUAUGUCCUGAGAUGUUUCUAUUUCUUGAGAAAAGCGAAAUUUCCCCUUCGGAUGACUCCAAAUGAAAUAAAGCAGAUCACUUUACAUUUUGAUUAAGAAUGGCUGACUUUCAUUAUUCUUUUGGUAAUAUACGGGCUGUACCAAAUGUCACUAUGCACUUCCUAUUCUCUAAUUCAUUUC